AUGGUAUCUGAAUCACAAGUCCCAGAGGAACCGCCAUUCCACAUUUUCAAUAAGAGACAAAAGUGGAACCUUGUGGCUAUCAUUGGCGCUGCUGGCCUCUUCUCAGGCUUGUCUUCAAAUAUUUACUUUCCGGCUCUCGAUGCCAUCACAGAAGAUCUGAAUGUGAGCACGGGUCAAGUCUCUCUCACGAUCACGUCUUAUCUGAUCAUCCAAGGCAUAUCUCCUCUGUUCUGGGGACCGCUUUCUGAUACGCUAGGUCGCCGUGUGGUAUACGUAGGCUCUUUCUCCGUCUAUAUCCUCGCGAACAUUGCGUUGAGCUUCUCGCCGAAUUUCGCUGUACUGCUAGUGUUCCGUGGUCUGCAGUCAGCCGGCAGUGCUUCGACCGUUAGUAUUGGAAACGGAGUUAUCCAAGACAUCGCUACACCCCUCGAGAGGGGUGCUUUUAUUGGAUUUUAUCAAGCCAUUCGAAAUUUUAGUAUCGCCGUCGGGCCUGUCCUGGGUGGGAUAUUGGGCAAUUUUCUUGGUUUCCGGUCCAUCUUCAUUUUCCUGACCAUUAUCUCCGGUGUCGUGCUUCUUGUCAUCAUUGUCUUCCUCCCUGAAACUCUCAGGGCCAUUGCUGGCAACGGCACGAAGAGACUCACGGGCAUUCACCGACCAAUUAUUCACCAAUUCAAAGAGCCCGAGUACAUGGAAGACCCAGAAAGCAGUACCCAGACGCCCAAGGUCACUGCCGAGACAUUCCUCGGGCCAUUGAAGAUGCUUUUGGAGAAAGACAUCUUAGUCACCCUCAUCUUUGGCGGCAUGGUCUACACUGUCUGGAGCAUGGUUGUUGCCAGCACGACGGAUUUGUUCGAUCGACGGUUUGACCUCAACGAGUUGACUCUCGGAUUGGCGUUUUUGCCUAAUGGCCUAGGCACCAUUGCUGGCUCAACCAUUGCAGGCAAAAUGAUGACGCGAGACUUUGUCCGCUACGAGAAGCGGUACCUAGAGCUCUACCCGGACGCACCACCCCCUUCCAAGACGAGAAAAUCCCUAUCGCCGGAUUUUCCCAUCGAGCACGCUCGCCUCCGUCACAUUCCUUGGAUGACCGGGUCAUUCGUCGUUGCUACAGGUCUCUUUGGUUUCACCGUACUCCCGGCCUGGAUUGUGUUGCCGUUGGUGCUCCAAUUUCUGAUCGCUGCGACUUCCAACGCCGUGUUUGCCAUCAACACAACACUUGUGUCCGACCUGUACCCUGGUAGCGGGGCGGGCAGUACAGCCGUGAACAAUUUGGUGAGGUGCAGUAUGGCGGCCAUCGGGGUGGCUUUUGUGGACAGGCUCAUUGCGCUUGUCGGCCCUGCCAUGGCGUUCUCUGGCCUGGCAUUGCUGGUUGUAGUAUUGAGUGUCCUUGUCGCAGUGGAGUGGACCUGGGGAAUGCAGUGGAGAGGCGAGCGGGAGGGGAGGAGAGAGGUAUUGGCUGAAAAAUCGAUGUCCUGA